AUGAAGAAGGUGUUUGGUCGCAAGAAGUCGAACACCAAGCUCGGAGCUGGAUCGGGGGGCAAUAGGUCCGAUCCCUCCUACCCCUCGCAGGCAGCUCCCCCACCACCCGUCGGCCCCGGCCACGGCCACAGCAGCAACAGCCUCGCGGUCGGCCACGCGUCGACGUCACGCGCCACGGGGGGCAAACGCUCGACCGAGUCGGCCAUGACACUGCAUAGCAACCACUCCAAGAAGCACGUCGACGACUUUGGUCGACCGAUCGAUCACCGACCCGCGUUUGGCAAGGAUUCGUUGGGUCUCGCGACCCACGGAAGCGGGCAGGGUACGACGGGCGCACCCAACAGCUCCGGCCUCCCCAGCUAUGCCGCCGAUGACGACCCGACCGCGGGAGGCGACUCGGACAUGCAGCUCCUGUUUGGGUAUGCCCCGAUCGAGACCUUGCUCGAGUUGUCGGUCGAGAGGGUGCUCGAGGUUGUCGUCAAGUGCAGCGAACAGAUCAGGGCACGAGGUCAGUCACCGUUGUCGUUCUCUGUCGUUCUCUGUCGUUCUCGUGUCGUAAUCGGGCGAGUGGAGUCGGCGUGUGCACGCGCCUCGCGCCUCCUCGCGUCGACACCAGGGCGGGCACCCAUUGUCUUUCGUGAGAGCAGCAGCUGACGCGGCCAUGAGCGUGCAGGUGUCGACACUCCACUCAUCCUGAGCUCGAUGAGUCUCGACUUGACGAUGGAAGGCACGUGUUCGCUCAUUCGUAGCUAUCUCGCCGAUCCGAGCGCUUGGACCUUUGGUAAGUCACAUGACCUCGACCGAGUCGGGCCCACACAUGUAGCAGCCCCAACCUGACGCAGCGUUACACACGCUACUCGUUUCCAAAAGACCUUACUCUCGCGUCCCCUCUGUGCGUCGGUGCACAAAUGAAGUGGGCCCUCGCUCGACUCAUCAACGACCGAGGCGGGCGCGGCUUCGUCAGCUGGGACUUGUACGACGACUUCAAACACAGCGAAAAAGGUCAGUCGAGAUCUCGAAUCAGGGUCAAUCGUUCGUAUGCUGAAUUCUGCUUCUUGCGACCUCGACUGUCUAGCUGCUGGCUACCCACCUCGGCAUUGUUCGACCCACUUGAUCGCCCGUCUAGCCACGUCCAGUGCAAAGCUGUUGUCAGUCUGGACAACGUCGUUGAUCAAGCUCAUCAAACAAGAACUAAACUUGGUUACUCCUUCUGCCUCGCAGGACCGAGAUUCUUUCUCUCUUCUCGAGCAUCUCCGCUCACAGCAAAGCGAACGGAAUGCCGCCGAGAAAACUCGCCUCACUGUUUUCGCCCUACAUCUUUGGUCUCGCCGAUGACGAAACAUUCGAUGCGACGUAUGAGCAGUGGCAACGACUGACGGAUGCGACGGAGCACAUCUUGCUGUCUUACGUGAGUGAUUUUCGGUUGGUUCACCGAGACAUGGCCCCCGAGCUAAAUUUGAGUCAUCUUUGUUUUAUUUUCAGAUCCGGAAUCAGCAAGCCGCAGAGGGAUCAUUGCCAACACAUCUCGAAAAGCACAUCAUUGGAUAUCCCCAAACACUCAACAUCAACUACAGCAACGGGAGAGCAGUUUCGAGGCUUGCGACAGGGGCUCGGGUGGAAGAGGUGGUGCGGAUUCGGAGAUUGACGCGAUUCCACUCCCGCAAUCUGAUCGCGAGUGCUGGGUCAGUCGGAGCAUCGGUUGAUGUCUACUCGCCAAAAGUGCACGCACCUAACGCGUAGCUGAUCUUUCGGCUUCUUCCCAGAACAUGGUCCGUUCCAAAUUCUUCGGAUUGGGCUCUCUUCUUCCCCCGAGGCUACCGCAACAAAUCUCUUGCCGCGCCAUCAUCGGCGAACCCACCAGCAACGCAAUACACCCCUCACUUCCGCCACCUGCUCAACAUCCGCGGUAACAACCUUUUUGACGACGAGGACGACGACGGCGAGCUGCAGCGGUACAAGUCAACGGUCGAGAAGGACUGGAGCAAGUUUGGCGAACUAGGUUUCAAGGACGUCGAAGCCGGCAAGCUAGAGUUUGAUUUGACCGAAUCGGAGCGCACUGCGCCGAUACAGAAGAGGGAUACGAUGGAUUGGGUGGGUGACGGCAACGUUCGCAGUUUAAGCUUGACUGAUCACUCACUUGAGUACGCUUUGCUGGCCACAGGGGACGUUCGCCAGCUCUGGAUUCGGUGGACGAGAGUCGUUCAAGCCCAACGACCUCAUCUUCCACCAAUCGAUCAACACUCGCGUCAAUACCUGGCCCGCCUCGCAGCAAGCGCUCGACACCAAGCUGCGCGCCGCCGAAAAGAUGCUCCCGUCUUUCCCCUAUGAUACGACGCCUCGGGAAGAAGCCCGAGUGGUUGUCGACGCUCUAUUCUUCGAAGCAUGGGCCGACGUGCUUGUCAGUGGUGGAUGGGCGAGGGAUGAGUUGAAGGAGAGUAGCUUCGCGCUCAUACAUUGGAAGAGUCGACCGAGGGAUGGCGAGCGGCCCAAAGGACGACCGUCUGCCUCGGGCGAUGAUCGAACCGAGGAUCGAUGGGUUUUGGUUGAGGAGUUUGUGCCGAAGGAAUACCGAGACGAGUUGACCGACGGCAAGGUGAGUGCUUCUUAUUUGGGGUGUGUGCGUUAAUCUGGUCUGCCCGCGAACUUUCCUGACACGGAACAUGCGUUCACCCUUUGCAGCAAAAGAAGCAGAGCAAACGCAUCUCGUUCAUGCGCUCGGUCCGCAAGAAAACGUCCAAGACCGCACUCCCGCGCGUUCAACACCCUAUGCCCGUCGCCUCGAUGAACCUCGUUGCACCUCCGAUCAGCAGCUCCUACGCCCGAACGUCGUCGCCGAUGCGGACGAUCGACGAGAGCGUCUUCAACCCCGGUGCGACGACGCCGACCAAGACGGUCUCACUUUCUCGUAGCGACAUUGAGCGUGCGACAAUCGCCGGAUCGACUUACGCUCCUUCCAUCACGACGACGGUCGGCCCUAACCGUGGUCACGGACAAGCUUACUCUGGCAUGCCGACGACGCAAGAGGAAGGUCGAUACAGCACCGACGCUCCCCGCAGCAGUAUGGGUGCGUACGGUCCCACCGAUUUUGAGUCGUCACAAGAUCCUCGUACCCCGACGAUGAUCGAUAUGCCGCCUCCGGUGCCGGCUGUCGCGAGCGAUGGAACGCGACUGCACGGCGUCGGCGUCAUCCACUCGCAGGCAUCGCCGGCACCCAGGAAUGAAGCUUCAGCCCCAGCGUGGAUCAGGGAUCGAGACCGUAGUGGUAGCGUUUCAUCACAUGCAGGAGGCGAUGCUACGGAGCCUCCCCGGCAGGCGAAGUUGCCGAGCGGUUCCGGUGGGGGUGCCAAGGGGUUCCUCUCUCGCAUGACCUCGCGCAACAAAAAGCCCUUUCCGGCUCCGGCUCCCCCUCACUCGCCGACCUACCAGUCGUCAGCUCCCCGCGGUCGCGUCAUGCCUUUGACCGCUGCGGCCUUGGCUCAGCAUUCACCACCCGCACCGAUGGGUUCCUCGAGAUUAGGCGACACUGGCGGUGUGCCCGGAGGCCCAGAGGUGAUCGUCCAUUCCCCUUCCGUCCGCACGUUGAUGCAACGCUCCGAGUCGGGUGGAAUUCCGCCCCCUCUGCCCCCCAAAACACCGGAUGGCCAUCGCACCCCCACCAUCGACGAAGGCGAGUUCGAUCCCAGUCAACGCAGCAACGUUCGUGAUUCGGUCAUGACGACGACGACGAUGAUGACGACGGGAACGGAUGCGUACGGUGGUAUUGAGUCAAUCGAAGAGGAAGGUCAAGUAGGCCGAGUCAUGUACCGCGGAUCCGACGUCAACUCGUCCGAAGGGGAACCAUCACCCAGACGUGUCUUGCUUUCCAAUGUCGUAGGAGGCACCUCGACGUUCGAAAACCAACAGCAACAAGCCUCGGGACUCGUCGUUUCCACUUCACAGAGGCACGAUUCGCUCCCACCCUCUCCCAAACCUGAUGCCGAAGUCCCGGUGGAUGUAGGCAGAGAUUCCAAGUUCAUGAGCGGCACACCAUCGCAGUUGAGAGGUGUAGGACCGAUGGGGACGCCGGGAGGUCGGGUUGGCAAGAUGAUUGGCAAGAUUGAGGAAGGUAACGAAGGCGUAAGGUUGACACAGUAUGGGUUCUAA